UCCACUACACUCUCUGUAGUCUCUCUCCAUCCACCAACUCUUCCCUUCUUCAUCGUCGGUUUCGGAUCCCGAAGCAGCGUUAGAGGGAGAGAGAGAGAGAGAAAGAGAGAAAGAAAGGGGGCAAAGAUGGUUCGGUGCAGCAAUAACAUGAUCGGGGUGCUCAACAUCAUCACCUUCGUGCUGUCGAUCCCCAUCCUGAGCGCCGGCAUAUGGCUAGGUAGGCGCGCCACCACGGACUGCGAGAAGUUCCUGCAGGGCCCCGUCAUCGCCCUCGGCGUCUUCCUCCUUCUGGUCUCCCUCGCCGGCGUGGUCGGUGGCUGCUGCCGUAACUCCUGCCUUCUCUGGCUCUACCUCUUCGUCAUGUUCAUCCUCAUCGUCCUGCUCUUCUGCUUCACCGUCUUCGCCUUCGUCGUCACCAACAAGGGCGCCGGCGAGGCCGUCUCCGGCCGCGGGUUCAAGGAGUACCGCCUCGGCGAUUACUCCAACUGGCUCCAGAAGCGGGUCGAGAACAACAAGAACUGGAAGCGGUUCAAGAGCUGCCUCCAGGACGGCAAGGUCUGCCAGAGCCUCCAGCAGAACAACCAGACGUGGGAGCAGUUCAUCAACGAUAACCUCUCUCCCAUCCAGUCUGGAUGCUGCAAGCCUCCUACAGCUUGCAACUUCAUCUAUGUGAACGAAACCUUCUGGACUAAACCCGUUGGCUACAAUUCAUCGGAUAUUCCAGAUCCAGACUGCAACACAUGGCAGAACGACCAGUCGAUGCUCUGCUACGAUUGCCAGUCUUGCAAGGCUGGGGUCCUUGCCAACGUCAAGAACGACUGGAAGAAGGUUGCUGUUGUUAACAUCAUCUUCCUCAUCUUCCUCAUCGUCGUGUACUCUGUUGGAUGCUGUGCCUUCAGGAACAACAGGCAGGACAAUGCUUACCCGAGAUACAAACCGUACCCUUGAAGAAUUCCUCAUCGUCUUGCCUUCUGCUGCUCUAGUCCUGGUUCUUUUCUGUAUAUCCUGGUCAGUUCCUUUCCAUUGCAGGAGAGUGUUCUGAUAUACACAUUUCUUGGUUGCUGCCUGGGAUUUCAUUUUUCGUUAUCAGGUACUACUACUUGACAAGGUUUUCACUACCUUGAUCUUCUGGUUUUAGGUUGGACAUAUGGAUUGCUGUUGAGAACUAUUGCUUAUUUCAGAGUUGACUAUGUGAUAAUCUUUUACUUUUAGCCA